UCUGACAUCCCGCCAAGGCUUGCCAUCCGGGAUGGCAGCCAGAGCUGGGGCUGUGACUAUGGUACGCCUUAUACGACCUGACUGCGCGACACUAAAGAGACCGCGUCUUAACAAGACUUCCCGCCUUCGACUUCUUCCCUCCAACCCAUUACCAUUUUGCCAGCUUGAUCCCAUUUGCCAAGCCCGCAAUACUCGAUUUCCUCCACAUCACUCAAGCAAUGACUGAUAACGACGAUAACUUCAAUACGCAAAUGCUUGCCGCUAUCGAGUCUAACGACAUCGCUAUCCUACAAGAUAUGCUGUCGACACGCGAGGCCGAAGGUCCUAAUGCUUUGCACCGGGGUCAGGGAUUGACCGAGGCCCUCAGCACAGCAUUAGAGCUAGCCCAGUUCGAUAUAGCCGAGGAGCUUUUCAAGCGUGGUGCUAGGUGGGGUGAUAGCACCAUCAUGUACGUCUCAGAAGGGGCACGUGAGGAAAACGGGUGGAAUACGAAAGCCAUCGAUGUGGCGCUAGCGCACGGUUGGGAUGUCAACGAGCACUUUGACCAUAUUGGCAGCGCUCUCGUACACCUUGUCAGUAUGACGGAGACAGGCCCAGAAUAUCCCGAUGGCGAUACAGCUGCCCUAAAAAUUGCUGCGCAUCUAUUAUCAAAAGGCGCCGAGGUGGACGAGGGUACUCAGACGAGCAACAACCCACUAGAAUUGGCCUGUAUGAACGGUGAUAGGCAUAUGGCAGCGCUAUUAUUAGCACAUGACGCAUCGCUGGAAAAGGCGCCCAAGGCACUCCUUAAUGCUGCCAGAAACGGCAACAUUGACAUUAUGCAGCAGUUGCUAGAUCGCGGCGCUGAUGUCAAUGCACAUCUGUAUGGAGACUUGGAGACAAUUCCUGCGCACCGACGGGACAAAGGUUGGGGCUCCGCGCUACAUUGUGCUGUUAAGGACCACCGUACUAAGGCAGUCUCAUUUCUCUUAGAGAAAGGCGCGGAUAAGGAGUACAGGAACAGGGUGGGGUUGACGGCUUUGGAUUUUGCUCGCGAAUUAGGACAGGAGGACAUUGUGCGGUUGUUAGAGUAGAGUGAUGACCACUUAUGCAAUCAUCUAUCCUGAACAGCACUAUUCACCAUUCCUAGUACCCGAAGAGAAGUAGUUGCAGGCUACCAAUUUUGCAGCUGUGACUAUAUGUCAGAAUGAAACUAUUCACUCAAUACAUUUCUUCUGGUUGCGACCACAAGGUACUACU